AUGCGAAACGGAGCUCAGCAGCCCAGGAAGGUUUCCAGGAAGUAGCCGCUGCUGCAGAACUUGGAAGGGAGUGAGGGCAGAAGGCGGAGAGAGGUUGCAAAGGUGAAGGAAGGUGACACAUUCUUCCCUCCUAGAGAACCAUGUGGGAUCCCAAUGCAGGCCAGCCAGGCACCUACCCAGGAGCUGCCUAUCCUCCCAACCCUUCUUACCCGGCGGGCUUCAACCCUGCCCACCCCCCUCCUGUGAAUCCUGCCUUCCCCCCAGGUCCAGUACCUGCUGGCUCAUAUCCUGGCCCCCCAGCAGGGAUCCCCGGGCAACCUGCAUACCCACCAGGCCAUCCUAUCCUGCCCCCAUACCCUGGACACCAACCUGCUUACCCUGUCCCCCCUGGGGGACCUUACCCACCACCUGCCCCGGGUAUGCCUGGAGGGAUGGGGGUGAAUCCUUUGCUGCCCGGGGCCGUUGCCGUGGGGACCUACGGGAUGGAUAAGAAGGCAGCAAAGAAGAUGAAGAAGAAAAUGAAGAAGGCACACAAGACGAACAAGCCACACAAGCACCACAAGAUGCAUGGAAAGCAUUCCUCCUCCUCUUCCAGCAGCAGCGACUCCGACUGAGGCCUGUUCCUGCCUCCCAGACGUAUCGUCUUCCCGCAAACGCUGAUCCUUGCGCCACACUUCCUGCUUCCAACAAGCGCUGAUCUACUUAACUGUCACCAGAUAACAACGAGGGCUGCUUGCGGGUCACCCAUUAUUGGCAGGGUUUGGCCAAAGUUUAUCCCAACGGCAUGUGCAACCUCCUUCAAAGUCUGAUGGGAACUCUGGUGUUGAUGAUAUAAACAGGGUUGGUGAGAUCAGCUAAUGAGUCUUAAGAAAGUCCAAAUGCGAGGCCACCAGUUGGCUUAAGUAAAGUUCAUCUGAAAAUUCGUUCCAGCCUUUGCUCUUCUGAAAUGUAGGCUGUUCAAAAUGGCAACCAAUCAGGUUGUUUCUCGGCACCCCGGAGCUUUCUGAUUGGCUUCCUCAGGCAGUUGGGGCCCAAUUGAAUGGAUAAGAUGUGCUUGAAGUGACAAAGAAGUGGGCCUUGAUGGUGCUGUACUAGACCUUCCAUCAUCCCAUGCUGGCUGGGACUGAUGGGAAUUGUAGUUGCAACAACAUCUAGAUAAGGGUUUUUCAAACUUGGGUCUCCAGCUGUUUUUGGACUACAAUUCCCAUCAUCCCUGACCGCUGGUCCUGCUAGCUAGGGAUGAUGGUAGUUGCAGUCCAAAAACAGCUGGAGAACCAAGUUUGGGAAACCCUGAUCUAGAGUGCCAAAGCAUAGACACCCUUACUUUAGGCUGAGGUUGGACGGGAGGUGAUGGAUCCAAAUUGGCCCGAGCACUUUCAAAAAAUGGCUCCCGCUCCUCAAUAUGAUCAUAUUUCCUGUGCUACCUGGGGAAAUGGCAGAUAGAAGCAAAGAGAUUUGGAAAGUGUGUGUUGCUUAUUUAAUAUAAGGUUGAAUGAUAGGUUUCUUAAUAUUGCAGAUAAAAUGAUCAGGAAUGAUUAUGCUCCAUUGUGUGAACAUUUCAGUAGCUUUAUUAUAUUAUUUCAGAGGCAUGAUUCAUUUUUUUAAUAUAACUUGAGGAUGAAAAUCUUGUUAGGGGCAUGUUUCAGAAAGCUUAAAUACUUCAACAUGGGGAAAUAACACAUCGAUCGUUUGCGUCAUGUUUAAUUGUAAUGCUAUAACCAUGGGCACAAUUUUGGGUGGAUUAAAGGGGGUGUCUGAUCCAAGAUGGCUGGAGUAUCUUAAUGAAUUGCAUAAAAUCUAGGAUCGCACACCCUCCCCUGUAAUGAUAGAAUGCUCCAAGCCCGGCAUCCCCAAACUGCGGCCCUCCAGAUGUUUUUGCCUACAACUCCUAUGAUCCCUAGCUAAGAGGACCAGUGGUCAGUGAUGAUGGGAAUUGUAGUCCAAAACAUCUGGAGGGCCGAAGUUUGGGGAUGCCUGCUCUAAGCCAUUGCACUUGGAGGGAGCAUGUUCUCUUUUUAACUCGCAAUUGCUUUCCCCCCCUGCAGAAAGGGGCUACUUAGGGAACGACCAGAUGUGCCUGGAGAAUAAAAGUUGACCAACCAGUGAAAAAGUGCAAAGAGAUUACAAGCAAAAUGGCUUCACACAGCUAUCCUUUAAAACUCUUCCUUGUUCUGACAAUUGUUAGUGUUUUAGUAUUUUGGUUUAAUAUGUUUUAAAUACAUAUUAAAGGCCACCCUGGGAUCUUUGCAGGAAGAACGGGUUACAAAAGUUCCAAAUAAAUAAUUUUUUAAAAGGUU